AUGCCGAAAAAAAAGAAUACGUUAGUAGACGGGUUGAAGCAAUUUGGCCGAGCUCUUAGUCCCCGCAGACGCAGCAAGUCUCAAGGACAACAUCCUGGCGGGUUCUUUCACGGUACAUCUCCUUCGACCAGCACAUCUCAGCUUGGUAGUACCCAAACGGUUACAAAUAACCCAGGGCACCACACGAAUUCGAGCAACAGUUCGAGCUUGGCUCAAGCCCAAAUCACAGGGCAGUUUAUCCCUACAAAUCAACAAUCCACUGUGGUUGGGGAUCUUGGAGCAUUACCAGUUAUAUCAAUUUCCCGUGCUCCAUCCCCCGGGAGCGUAGUCACCAGCGGUAAUCAAAGUCAAGCCGUUUCGGUCAAGAAUAGCAUAAACCCCGCCCUCAAGGCGGCAAUCGAACAAUACGCUAACGAUCUUUCGGACGAUGAUCGAAAUGCCUUUCUUGGAGCAAAGGAUAUAAUACUUGACCUGCAAAGAAAGAAUGAAGAGCAUUCAAAGCGGAGUAUAUCCAGGUCCCUCGGGGCACGGGUUGAAAAGGUGCUAUUGUGCAUGAAGAGUUUUGUGAGAUCGGUUUCCAUCUGCAUUCAGCAUCAUCCGGAUAUAUCAUCCCUCGUUUUGGGUGGUUUUAACUGUGUCCUAACGCUUGCAUUAGGUUAUGUUGAAUUCUUUGAGAAAUUAACCCACAUGAUGGAUAGGAUAGCAGGGCAUUUGGGAUACUUGGAGAAGUACGGCUCUCCGAUUUUCCAGAAUUCAUUUGAUGUCCAGAAUACCCUCAAAGAUGCAUACUGUGAUUUGUUGGAUUUCCUAGUGGCAGUUCGGAAGGUAUUCACAGAGAAGAACGAGAAGGGUUCAUAUCUUAGCUCCGUAUGGCUAUUUAUGAAGAUCAAUUGGGAAUCGUUUGAAUAUAAAUUCCAGCCUAUCGAGGAGCGCUUUGCCCAUCAUGCUUUGGUGAUUGUCAGAUCAGCUGGCGUUGAGGCCUUGAUUACUAACCUUGAGGCCUCAUGUACGAAACAACGAGAAGAAAGGGAUAAAAAACGUCGGGAGGUCUUGAAGUGGUUGUCCAAUAUCGGGUACGAAAAAACACAACGGAGACAUUUUAUGAAACACAUGAAAGGUACUGGUCAAUGGCUUCUAGACGAUCCGCUCUUUCUCAAUUGGCAGCACUCACAAGAAUCAAGUAUUCUAUGGUGCCACGGUGGUCCGGGGGCGGGAAAAACUAUUUUAGCUUCCCUAGUUACAGAUACAUUUUCAAAAAUGUGCCCGGCAGGAUCUGACAUGGCACUAUGCUUUCUAUUUUGCAAUUACAAAGAGGCCGUCGAGCCAGAAACCUAUAUCCGUACCCUUAUCAAGCAGCUUUCCUGUCAGAUAAAGGUUCUUCCGUAUGAACUUGUGGACUUGUACGACAAGCAUUUCAAUGAUGCCACCGAGCCGUCUAUGGCUGAACUCCAGGAUGUCUUCGUUGUAAUCUCCAACCUAUUUCGGCAGACCCUCCUAGUAAUAGACGCUCUUGAUGAAUGUACAAGCCAGCAGAGAGAUUGUUUCUAUGACUUCCUUCGCCAUAUCUCUGGUUCGACUGAACAGUCUCGCGGAGUAAUAAAGGUUUUCAUCACUAGUCGAAUGGAAGAGGAUAUUCGACGCGCCCUUUCCAGCUUCCCGAUCGUUCGGAUUGAAGCCCGAAAGGUAAACGGGGAUAUCAGAUCAUAUGUGGAAGAUCAGCUGGUCCAGCGUCUGCUUGAUGGCAGAUUGCGGCUAAAAGAUCUUUCCUUAAAAGAUAGGAUAGUCGCAGCACUUGUGGAUCGUGCCGGUGGAAUGUUCUUGUGGGUCGAGUUCCAACUACACCGUAUAUGUGCCCAAACAUCGGACCAUCAUAUUCAAGCCGCUUUGAACGAUCUACCAGAAGGCAUGGACGAAACAUAUCGCAGGAUCUUGACUCUCAUACAGAGUAAGCCUAAGGCCGAACAGCGUCUAGCACGAAGAGUACUCAUGUGGAUUGCCUAUGCUACUGAACCACUUGAUGUCUGUGACUUGAGGUCGUUUGUUGCAAUGGAAAGUACCACUAGAUCAUACAAGGAGCUAGUGAGCAUGAUUCCUGAUGAGGAAAAGGUUCUAGCUGCACGAUUUGUGCAUUUUUCGGUGCAAGAAUUCCUUCUUGCUCAUUCAGUGGGCUUUGAUAAUCAAUCGACGAUUGGUUUCGACCUUAUUGUUGAGCCACAGAGAGCAAAUAGCGAGAUUGCUACUAUGUGUAUCGUAUUUCUGCUUCAUUGCAGAAUUAAACUUUAUGGUACCUACGGAUACCCUCAGCCGAUUCACUAUACAAUCAGAGGUUGGAUGUUACAUGCUCGGGCACUGAAAGCAAUCAGCAUAGAGCUGAGGGAUCUGAUACUCUCUCUCUUUGAUUCUGGAUUCUUAUACGUGCAAGAGGAUUAUCGUUGUCAUAAGGAUCCAACAGGUCUCUUGGUCUACUAUUCUCACCGAGUUAGUGGUCAGGUCAAUUCAUUGUUAGACCUGGCAUUGGUUUACGAAUUACCUUUACUAGUCGAGCAUCUUACCAGAACAAACCACUCCCCCCUGUAUAUACGGACUACCAUGCACCUUGCCGCAAAGCUAAAUGCUGGCAAGGUCAUUGAAUACCUUUGCUCUAAGGAUUGUGAUGUGAACGCGCUCGACCAAGAUGGUUAUACACCAUUAUUUUACGCCGGGGGGGAGGAGGCCUGCCAAGCACUCAUACGCAACGGAGCCGAUUUACACAUUGAGGGAGGGGACCUUGGGAAUCCACUACAUGCAGCAGCAAGUGGUAGGAGAGAAGCCGUUGUAAGGUGUCUGUUAGAAGCAGGCUUCGAUGUGAAUACUUUUGGUGGUAGUCAUGGCUACGCCUUGAAUGCUGCAGCACGGCAAGGCCACAAAGGCACCGUGGAGAUCUUAUUGGAGUUCGGCGCCAAUGUUAACGUGAAUGGAGGAGGGCAAGGCUCCGCAUUGGAAAUCGCCUCAUAUCGCGGUGAAUUAGCAGUGGUGGAGCUUUUGUUAGCGCACGGAGCAGAUGUCAACGCGGGCUGCGGGAGGUGUGGUUCUGCAUUGCAAGCCGCCUCAUUGGGCGGUGAAUUAGCAGUGGUAGAGCUUUUGUUAGCGCACGGAGCAGAUGUCAACGCGGGGGGCGGAGAGUAUCGUUCUGCAUUGCAAGCCGCCUCAUUGGGCGGUGAAUUAGCAGUGGUAGAGCUUUUGUUAGCGCACGGAGCAGAUGUCAACGCGGGGGGCGGAGAGUAUGGUUCUGCUUUGCAAGCCGCCUCAUAUUGCGGUGUAUUAACAGUAGUAAAGCUUUUGUUAACACACGGAGCAGAUAUCAAUACACAGGGUGGGAAGCAUGGUUUUGCAUUGCACGCCGCAGCCACACCAAGGUACUCGAAAGAAUUAGUCAAAUAUUUACUAGACGAAGGAGCCGAUGUCAACGCAACUGGUGGACGGGAUGGUUCCGCCUUGCAAGCGGCCGCCAGAAAGGGGAACAAGGAGUGUGUAGAGAUACUACUUGCAAACGGAGCGAAUGCAAACACACAAGGUGGAAAGUAUGGGUCUGCUUUAAAAGCUGCCUCGUCAAAACAAUACCACGAGAUUGUGAGGAUUUUAAUUGAGCAUGGGGCCUACGACAUGCCGGAGACCGAGACCGAGGGAUCAUCACUAGAUACUCUUAGCGUCCAGGAUGUUGGUACUGAAGCCAAUCCUAUACAACAAGCAGUGGAUACGGAACUAGAGACCAAUUUCUUAGAGGCAGUAGUAUGUCUCCCGAUCUGA